UUAGAGGGUGCUGCCCUCUCUGUUGCUAUAAAGAGCUCCUCUGUAACAAUAGUAUGAGACACAGCUCUCUAGUCUUCACGGAGGACCAGGUUCAAUCAUGUGUAGAAUCAUGGCAGCUCACAAGUGCAUCCUGAGCUCCACAGUUAAGGGCUCCGCUCGACGAAACCUGUUCGGAGCCUUGGACCGAGAGCAGCUGCAGGUGGAUUACCAGGCAGCGUUGAGGAAAGACCUGGAGGAGGCCUCACGCCGCUGGGGUUUCGACUUCAUGUCCAACAAGCCCCUGGAGAGCAGCGAUUUCCAGUGGAAGGCCAUCCCAGGUACUAAGGUGCCCAUGCUCUACAGGUCCUGUCACCAAAGGCAAAAGAAGCGACCAAGAGAGCAAGGUCAGCCACUGCAGAAUGACAAGGAGAACGUCCCGAGUUUGCCAAACAGGUGUGCACUCAAUCUGAAGAACUUUGAGAAAUCACCAGAGAAAAUAGAGAAAGCAGGGGCCAAGAGGAAACAGACCAACCUCACAGAUUUCUACCAGACUAAACGAAGAGUGGUUUGGAUGCCGCACAAAUCUGGCGAGUGAAUUUCAAUGCAGUGUAAUAUUCCAUUAUUUCCGAGAACUACACAGACUAAACUCAGGAAUAGUACGUUCUGCACAGACGCCGCACUGUCACUCACCGGGACGUCCUGAACCCAGUGAAUCGCCAUGAAAACAGAAGGGACCUCAGCUACACAUGAUCACUAUCAGAUUAAAUUGGGGUACUGUAUUCUCUCCGGGGUGGUUGGUGUUUUUCCCAGUUGUAGGUAGGGGACAUUUGAGUGGAGAAGAUUGACCAUAAUCUCUAGAAAUAGUGGAUUUAUACUCAUUUGGAUCAAGGGGAUGCCAAAGUGCAGACUGACAUAUCCUAGUGUACAUUCCACAGGGCUGUAAAACAUAGUCACGUCUCAGUUUCAGAGGAAAUGUGAGCCUCUAGAACAGCGAAGACGUGAUGACUGAGCAUAUCACUGUACACACUUGAAAAGGAUGUUAUGUGGGUCAACAUCAUUUAGUGUCAUAAUGAAUUUAGGGAAUGAUUGAAAACUAGAGAAUGGAUGAAGCCCUUUGGCUCCUUUUUUUGAAUCCACUGUUCUACAAUUUCUUGAUGUGUAUUAUGAGGACCAGGAGUCUUUUACCUCCAGUCCAAAGUGUAUUAUACUUUUAUAUAUCCAAGUGUUCAAUCGGGAUUUGUUUUUCUACCAUCAUGUACACCGAGGAAAAUGCUUGAAGAAUAAUGACAUCCUGUGCACGCAGUCGCUUUGCUAAGAUGAUACAAAGACAGAAGUGCCAUCACGUCCUCUUCCUUCCACUAUAUGCUGAUUGAUUUUCAAAGUGUGUGUCCACAAGUGCUCUGUCCAGACUCUGACAUGUGUACAGCACCAGAUUAAUGUAGUUCACAAUGUCUGAUGAACACUUAUAUUUAGGUAUUAUUUAGUUUUAUAUAUAUCAGAACAAUAUUUGCCUCAAAACAAAUACUCUUUUUUUCCUACAUGACAUUUAUGUCAAAUGUUGGAAAAUCCUGCUGCUAUGGAUAAUCUGAAUGGGGUAUCAAUCAAGGUUACUGUAACGCUAAUCCUUUGAUUGACAGCUUUGAAAUGUUUGACACAAUUAAAAACAAAAGUCUACACAAUUAUCAGCAUUACUCUGAACAAUGAACGCACUUCUGUUUUUAGACUUGUGCACAGGUCCUACAUAUUGUUUUAUGUUAAAGCUACAAAUGAAAAAGAUUUAUCCUUAUUUAUUGUCAGAUAUUUUGCCUUUGAGUUAAUUAAGUUUUUGUUUAAAAUUUUUAUGAGAAUCCAAAAUUACAAUA